GGUGGCGAGCUGUUUGACUUCUUAGCUGAAAAGGAAUCACUGACUGAAGAGGAAGCAACUGAGUUUCUCAAACAAAUUCUCAAUGGUGUUUACUACCUGCACUCCCUUCAGAUUGCCCACUUCGAUCUUAAGCCUGAAAACAUAAUGCUUUUGGAUAGAAAUGUCCCCAAACCUCGGAUCAAGAUCAUUGACUUUGGUUUAGCCCAUAAAAUUGACUUUGGAAAUGAAUUCAAAAACAUAUUUGGGACACCAGAGUUUGUAGCUCCUGAGAUAGUCAACUAUGAACCCCUUGGUCUCGAGGCAGACAUGUGGAGCAUUGGCGUAAUAACCUAUAUUCUCUUAAGUGGAGCCUCCCCGUUUCUUGGAGACACAAAGCAAGAAACAUUAGCAAAUGUGUCUGCUGUCAACUAUGAAUUUGAGGAAGAAUACUUCAGUAAUACCAGUGCCCUAGCCAAAGAUUUCAUAAGAAGACUUCUGAUCAAGGAUCCAAAGAAGAGAAUGACUAUUCAAGACAGUUUGCAGCAUCCCUGGAUCAAGCCUAAAGACACACAGCAGGCACUUAGUAGAAAAGCAUCAGCAGUAAACAUGGAGAAAUUCAAGAAGUUCGCAGCCCGAAAGAAAUGGAAACAAUCAGUCCGCUUGAUAUCACUGUGCCAAAGAUUAUCCAGGUCGUUCUUGUCCAGAAGUAACAUGAGUGUUGCCAGAAGCGAUGAUACUCUGGAUGAGGAAGACUCCUUUGUGAUGAAAGCCAUCAUCCACGCCAUCAAUGAUGACAAUGUCCCAGGCCUGCAGCACCUUCUGGGCUCUUUGUCCAACUAUGAUGUUAACCAACCUAACAAGCAUGGGACACCUCCAUUACUUAUUGCUGCUGGCUGUGGGAAUAUUCAAAUGCUACAGUUGCUUAUUAAAAGAGGCUCAAGGAUCAAUGUCCAGGAUAAGGGAGGAUCCAAUGCCAUCUACUGGGCCUCUCGGCAUGGCCACGUAGAUACUUUGAAAUUUCUCAAUGAGAACAAAUGCCCAUUGGAUGUUAAAGACAAGUCUGGAGAGACGGCUCUUCAUGUGGCAGCUCGUUACGGCCAUGCCGAUGUGGUUCAGUUACUGUGCAGUUUUGGCUCCAAUCCCAAUUUCCAGGACAAGGAGGAAGAAACCCCCCUGCACUGUGCUGCCUGGCAUGGCUAUUACUCUGUGGCCAAAGCCCUCUGUGAAGCAGGCUGUAAUGUGAAUAUUAAGAAUCGUGAAGGAGAGACACCCCUCCUCACAGCUUCAGCUCGGGGCUACCACGAUAUUGUGGAGUGUCUGGCUGAAUAUGGUGCCGACCUUGAUGCCUCUGACAAGGAUGGGCAUAUUGCUCUUCAUCUUGCUGUACGAAGGUGUCAGAUGGAGGUUAUCAAGACUCUGCUUGGCCAAGGAUGUUUUGUGGAUUUCCAAGAUAGACAUGGCAACACCCCCCUCCAUGUGGCCUGCAAAGAUGGCAACCUACCCAUUGUGGUGGCUCUCUGUGAAGCAAGUUGCAAUUUGGACAUCUCAAAUAAGUAUGGGCGAACCCCUCUACAUCUUGCAGCCAACAAUGGGAUUCUGGAUGUGGUCCGGUACCUCUGUCUGACUGGUGCCAACGUUGAAGCCCUCACCUCCGAUGGAAAGACAGCAGAAGAUCUUGCUAAAUCAGAACAGCAUGAACAUGUAGCCAGUCUCCUUGCAAGACUCCGAAAGGAUACACACCGAGGUCUCUUCAUCCAGCAGCUUAGACCCACACAGAACCUCCAGCCGAGAAUCAAACUCAAGUUGUUUGGCCACUCGAGCUCUGGGAAAACCACCCUUGUGGAGUCCCUCAAGUGCGGGCUGCUGAGGAGCUUCUUCCGGAGACGGCGGCCGAGGCUGUCCUCCACCAACUCCACCAGGUUCCCCCCGUCGCCCUUGGCUUCCAAGCCAGCAGUCUCCGUGAGCAUCAACAACCUAUACCCUGGGUGCGAAAACGUGAGUGUGAGGAGCCGCAGCAUGAUGUUCGAGCCAGGGCUCACCAAAGGGAUGCUGGAGGUAUUUGUGGCCCCACCCCACCACCCACACUGCUCCACCGAUGACCAGUCCACUAAGGCUAUCGACAUCCAGAAUGCGUAUUUGAACGGAGUUGGCGAUUUCAGCGUGUGGGAGUUCUCUGGAAAUCCUGUGUAUUUCUGCUGUUAUGAUUAUUUUGCUGCAAAUGAUCCCACGUCAGUCCACAUCAUUGUUUUUAGUCUAGAAGAACCGUAUGAGAUCCAGCUGAACCAAGUGAUUUUCUGGCUGAGCUUCCUGAAGUCUCUUGUCCCUGUUGAAGAGGCCAUAGCCUUCGGCGGUAAGCUCAAGAACCCACUCCGAGUCGUCCUGGUGGCCACCCAUGCUGACAUCAUGAACGUCCCUCGUCCAGCUGGAGGCGAGUUUGGUUAUGACAAAGACAUGUCAUUGCUGAAAGAGAUCAAGAACAGGUUUGGGAAUGAUCUCCACAUUUCAAAUAAGCUGUUUGUCCUGGAUGCUGGGGCUUCUGGGUCUAAGGACAUGAAGGUACUUCGGAAUCACCUGCAAGAAAUACGGAGCCAGAUUGUUUCUGACUGCCCUCCGAUGACUCCCUUGUGUGAGAAGAUCAUCUCCACACUGCCUUCCUGGAGGAGACUCAACGGCCCCAACCAGCUCAUGUCGCUGCAGCAGUUCAUGUAUGACGUGCAGGACCAGCUGAACCCUCUGGCCAGCGAGGAGGACCUCAGGCACAUAGCCCAACAGCUCCACAGCACUGGCGAGAUCAACAUCAUGCAGAGUGAAACAGUCCAGGAUGUGCUGCUUCUGGACCCCCGCUGGCUCUGCACCACAGUCCUGGGGAAGCUGCUCUCCAUCGAGACCCCUCGGGCCCUGCACCACUACCGUGGCCGCUACACUGUGGAGGACAUUCAGCGCCUGGUGCCUGACAGUGACGUGGAGGAACUGCUACAGAUCCUCGAUGCCAUGGACAUCUGCGCCCGGGACCUGAGCAGCGGCACCAUGGUGGACAUCCCCGCCCUGAUCAAGACAGACAACCUGCAUCGCUCCUGGACAGAUGAGGAGGAUGAGGUGAUGGUCUACGGUGGUGUGCGCGUCGUCCCCGUGGAGCACCUCACCCCCUUCCCCUGUGGCAUCUUUCACAAGGUUCAGGUCAACCUUUGCCGUUGGAUCCACCAGCAGAGCACCGAGGGCGAUGCAGACAUCCGCCUCUGGGUGAAUGGCUGCAAGAUUGCCAACCGUGGGGCUGAGCUGCUGGUGCUUCUGGUCAACCACGGCCAGGGCAUUGAGGUCCAGGUCCGUGGUCUGGAGACCGAGAAGAUCAAGUGCUGCCUCCUACUGGACUCAGUGUGCAGCACCAUUGAGAAUGUCAUGUCUACCACACUGCCAGGGCUGUUGACUGUGAAGCAUUACCUGAGCCCCCAGCAGCUAAGGGAGCACCAUGAGCCCGUCAUGAUCUACCAGCCACGAGACUUCUUCCGAGCACAGACCCUGAAGGAGGCCUCAUUGACGAACACCAUGGGGGGCUACAAGGAGAGCUUCAGCAGCAUCAUGUGCUUUGGGUGCCACGAUGUCUACUCUCAGGCCAGUCUUGGGAUGGACAUCCACGCUUCGGAUCUGAACCUUCUGACCCGGAGGAAACUGAGUCGCCUGCUGGACCCUCCCGAUCCCAUGGGGAAGGACUGGUGCCUUCUCGCCAUGAACUUAGGCCUCCCUGACCUCGUAGCAAAGUACAACACCAACAACGGGGCUCCCAAGGAUUUCCAGCCAAGCCCAGUCCAUGCCCUGCUCCAGGAGUGGACUACCUACCCUGAGAGCACGGUCGGCAUCCUCAUAUCGAAACUAAGGGAGCUGGGUCGCCGGGAUGCAGCAGACUUUUUACUGAAGGCAUCCUCUGUGUUCAAAAUAAACCUCGAUGUCAAUGGCCAGGAGGCCUAUGCCUCCAGCUGCAACAGUGGCACUUCCUAUAAUUCCAUUAGCUCAGUGGUGUCCCGGUGA